AUGCACAUCAAUAGCUCAUGGACAGCAAGUGCUCACGUGAGAUGCAAGUGUGUGUUUCACAGGAUGUCUAAAUGUGAGCUGAUUGAGCUGAAGGACCUCAGUGUGAAUGAUUCAAUUGAGCUGGCUGCCCCUGCAGCCCGCAAAAAUCCACCGCCAGUGAACUCGGCUCAGAUAAGUCACUUCCAUGUCGUCCGCCUGGUGGGAGACAGCGUCAGCAUCGAGGCCCCACAUUGUCACAUAGGAGAUGCAGGAGUGGGUCAUGACUUCCAGCCGAACAGUUACACCCAUCUCACCUGGUGUGACCUGUGUGGAGAAUUCAUCUUGGGGCUUUAUAAGCAGAGUGUACGCUGCACCAGUGAGUAUCUCCUCUACGUGAACUUGUGUGAAAGGAUUAGAUGGGUAAUACUCUUCUUUUAAAUAACAAAUCACAGCUCACUACGAGAAAACACACAAUAUGACUAAAAACUGCAAUGGGGUAAAAAUCAUGCUUUAAAUGUGUAUCAGUCCUCAAUGGUGAUCAGUCCUGGAGAGACACCCCAGAGCUCAUGAAUUGGUUUGAUGUUGAUAAAAUUAAGGUCAGGGUAGUCCGGGGGUGUGUCUAGACUUUUUCGACUGGGGGGGGGGGGGGGGGGCACAUGAGCACUGGCAUAGACAGGGGUUAGCUAGCACAUACAAACAAAUUAAUAGAAUUUACCCCCUCUAUCCUGUUGUGUUAUAUUCCUGUGUUUUAAUUAUAUGAAGAAACACAACACAUCGGCAGCACUCUCAUUAAUUAGCUCAAGUCUUUGAGGACUUAAAAGGAGGCAAUUAACCAAAAUUAUAAUUGACUGUAUGAAGAAGAAGAUGUGCGUCAUUGCAGUGCAAAGAGAGCUGCUGGCAGCCUGUUGCCACACUGACUAAAUCCUUGUUUCAAAUAUAAAUCCUGCCUCUGGAAAGGGAAAUAGUCAAUCAAAGGAUAAUGUUGUGAUGCCAAUCACAAUUCCCUUUACCUCCCCUGAGGUAGAUUUAAUGUAUUAAUUAAAAUACAAAUACAAAACUAAUCUUAUUCUUUAGAGAUAAUGAUGUAUGUUAGGAGUUCACCUAUAUUAGUCUUGAACUAUAUUCCUGUAUUUUGAUCAUGCUUACUUUAGGUUUUAUUGUAAUAAAAGUAUGAAUAUAAAACCUCUGUAAAUAGUCAAUAAAUUCCAAAAGUUAAAGCCAGAAUCAAUCCUGUUACCCCCUUUGUUUAAGUUAUAUGCCCAGCCUGGACUCAUGGCUGGUGAAAAGGUGUAACUGUCCGUUCUCACACCGAUGCAGGAUGCUUGUGUUAUUUUUCCAUUCAUUCACAUUAUCUCAGAGUUAGUCCUAAUCUGUGGGAAGUUCUGGCAAGCUUCACACUCCAGAUCCAGUAUGAAGCUUGCUGUUGAAUGAAGAAUGGCUUUGUCCUUCUCUAUCAUUUGACUUCAGGAGCUUCUUUCCCAUAUUCAUAUAACAUUGCACUGCUGUUUCACUUGUUUUCAUGGUUUUAUGUCCGAGUUGUUUUUGUCUAUUUAUGUGCAGCACUUAGGCUAUGGUUGUUUUUAAGUGCUUUUUUAGGUGAGUUGAGAUGAGAAAAUAAGCAGGAUGAAAAGAACAAUUAAGAUUUGUACAAAUAGAAUACAAAGAUAUAUAUGUGCUGAUUUCUAGCCAGAAUGCAGAGUUCAUAACUUCUAAUAUUGAAUGUUUUGUUUCUCUCAGAUUGCAGUUAUACCUGUCACUCUCGCUGCCGGCCAUUCAUCCAGCUGGACUGCAGUGCAAAUGGAAGUUUGUCAGAAGAGCAGGAGGAUUACUCCGCCGACUCAGUUGAGACUAAUGUGGUGAGGUCCAUAGCUACAAGCACACAUUUUAGCGAUUACACGCUUGUCAUGACAACUGUCUUCAUUAAGUGGUUUAAUGCCAACAGUAGACACCUCAUAGGUCAUUUAAAAUCACAACUGUGAUUUAACAAUUAAAAAAACAGGAAAUACAACGUGCUGAAAACACACUAUACACUCUAGUUAUGUUGUCUAAAAUGGCAGGUCAAAGCAGAUGGAGACUACCAGAUUGUCCACUGGUGUCCUCUGAGUAUCAGUGAGCCAUAUGUUCCCAGAAACAAGGCUUUUACUACCUCCUCCUUGUCAAGGCAUAUAUAUGGAAAGUAAUUUAGGAGAGAGCUGAGGGGAGGGGAGACUUAACAACUUCACAAUAAAACAGCUGUCUUUAUUCAACAACCAUAAAAUCUGCAACAAUUAAGGCCUGUGGACCUGCACAAAUUAGUAAUAUUUGUGGAUUACCUCUCCAUUUUUCAGUUUAAAUCAUCCAGCAGGUCCCAGUAGAAAUUUCCUUGAAACAGAUUAAAUCUUUUUUCUUUAUCUGAGAUCAUUUAUGUCCCCUCUUUUUUAAAGGCAUUGAAUUUGGGAAAGUCACUUGUGUGUUGUAAUUUAGUCUUGUAACUUAGAGAGGAAAAGGAAAGCAAAAUCAGAUAUUUCUUCCAAAGAGUUCCUAACAAAUAUAAACAGCUAAAAGCCUUUAUUCAUAUAACUGUAUUUCAAAAUAAUGUUUAUGUGAAACAACAACAGUAAGCAAAAAUGAUAGUUUGAGCUGAACUCACGGUGAGUGGGCUGGCUUCUUGACAUCUUUGUCAGGUUUUAUGGUUGGGGAGGAGCAAAUGCAAACGCUGAGGUCAAAAGAGCUCUUGGUAUUAUCAGAUCUACUCAGACAGAUGAGAGAGAAAGAAGAGAUCUGGAAAUUUUUGUGGCAGUUAGCUUGAGAAAAUUUUCUUGGGUCCUUGCGAUCACGGGAAUCUACAAAAAGAUUGCCCAUGAUUGUCAUUCUUGCUGACUUGAAACCUGGAAAUGACAAGGGGAAGCCCCACGAGGAAGAUAUUCUGCAGUGAGGAGGACAGCAGCUCAGAGCAGGAACUAUAUUUCACUGCGUUUACAUCUACAGAAGGGCAGGCAAUAUGUGGUGAGGCUACAGCUGAUUUAAAGCUUAAUAAAAUCUUGUAUCCUAUCUUGAUCUUUCAUCUUUGUCACUGUGUUGCCUAUCUGCUGUACUGUUCUUUCUCUUUAAUUUUUCAGGAUGAACAGAUUGAUUGGGCAAAACAGGAGCUGUCUGUUAAUGAAAUCCAACACAAAAUUAAGGAGUACAAUGCACAGAUCAACAGUAACCUCUAUAUGCUGAUUGUAAGUGGUUAUUUAUCUGAUGUUCUUUGAAUUUUUUGCAUUUUGAUUUAACUAUGUAUACCUUUGUAAUGGUUUUCUGCAGCUGUUGCUGUUGUUUGAGACCACUUUGGUAAUACAAACUUGUUCCUCUUACAGAAUAAAGACGGGUCAUACACUGGUUUCAUCAAAGUCCACUUUCAGUUGGUACGCCCUAUCUCCCUCCCUCCAUCUCAGAGCCUAAGCUAUACGAAAGAGGAUGAUCUUCAGAGUGGACGCUUAAAGAGGCGGACUUCUUUCUACCUCCCCAAAGACACUGCCAAGCACCUGCAUAUAAGCUCCCAGACACGUGUACGUGAAGUCAUUGAGGCAUUGCUCAACAAGUUCACCGUGGUGGACAACCCAGCCAAGUUUGCUCUGUUCGAACGCAGAGAGAGACAAAGUCAAGGUAGAACCCUGAAUGGUUUGUAAUUUCUCUACAAUGAAGUAAAAUGCAAGUAUAAAGUACUCGAUUUGACUUCUUUCAGUGUACAUGCGUAAACUGGCUGAUGAAGAGUGUCCCCUCCACUUGCGCCUAUGUGCGGGCCCCAGUGAAAAAGUUUUGAGUCUGGUUUUGAAAGAGAAUGAAACAGGAGAAGUCAAUGUAAGUUUUACAUUCAAGACGCUUAUCAAUAUCACAGAUAUCCAACAUCCAACAUUAAUUAUUUAUAUGUGAAAUUGUUCUCCUCCACAGUGGGAUGCAUUCAGUUUUCCAGAGCUGCGCAACUUCCUGCGAAUCCUGCAGCGUGAGGAAGAGGAGCAUGUGCGGCAGAUUGUGAAGCGCUACACUUUAGCUAGAGAAAGGAUGAAGCAGGCUGUGGCAAGAAUUACUACUCCUGGUUGA